UAAUUAUGUCUCACUAAGGGUCCUUUACUAUCCCUCUUAAAAUUCUCUUAUAUCUGCAACUAACACCCUCAGGCCCCUAAAUUGGUGUGAAAAACUUGAUCAAGUCCAAGAUGAGAGAGUUAGAAUCGGAACCGUCCCAGAAAAAAACGGUGUUUCCCUUUGACUGGUUCCAUUUUAUACAGAUGUAAUAAGAAUCAUGCAUUCAUCGGUUCCAGCAAAAUCUCAACGUCCCUACCUGCCACUCCUCUGACAUACUUGUCUUGCACAGUGAACACAAUUGUUAUACACAAAGUUUUACAAAAACUCAGUGGCUCUGAGCUUUUACUGUGGAUUUUGAUCAUUUUCCCUCCCCAAAAUCUUCUCCUUUUCUCUCUUAAAAUGCUGAGCAAACCAAAACCAAGAAAUUGAAACCCCAUAGAUGUGAUCUCUUGUAUGUGAUGAAGAGAGAAAUUCAACACAUUUUUCUACCCUCUACUUUCUUGAUACUGAUCCUUUCCCUUGGCUCCACUGCCCAAAACCCUAAUGCAGGCCUGAGAGAGUUAAAACUUUCUCAUAUUAAUCAGAGGCAGCUCUUGUUCUACACUGACCAAGAUGGGUCAAGAGGGGAGCUUGUGGCAGUCCCAUCCUCCCUUGUUUUUCACAACCCAAGACUCAGGAGUGCCUACGUUGCCCUCCAGGCAUGGAAACAAGCCAUGCUCUCAGACCCUCUGGGCCAAACAUCCAACUGGGUUGGAUCCAAUGUCUGCAGCUACACUGGAGUCUUCUGCUCCCGAGCCCUAGAUGACCCGUCAGUCGAAACUGUGGCCGGCAUUGAUCUGAACCACGGCGGCAUUGCAGGGUACCUCCCUGAAGAGCUGGGUCUGCUCUCAGAUAUUGCAUUGUUCCACAUCAACUCCAAUCGGUUUUGCGGCAGUGUCCCGAAGAGUUUCAGCAAACUGAAGCUGCUUUUUGAGCUUGAUCUGAGCAACAACCGCUUUGCUGGGAAGUUCCCUCUUGUUGUUCUUCGACUGCCAAAGCUAAAAUUCCUGGACCUGCGAUUCAAUGAGUUUGAAGGUAAGGUCCCCAAGGAACUGUUUGAUAAAGAUCUAGAUGCAAUCUUCAUCAACCACAACAUGUUCUCCUUCGAAUUGCCAGAUAAUUUGGGGAACUCGCCAGUCUCAGUUAUUGUUCUUGCAAACAACAACUUCCAUGGGUGUGUGCCAGCCAGCCUUGGUAACAUGUCCAAGAAUUUGAACGAAGUGGUGCUCACAAACAACGGCUUCCACUCGUGCUUGCCAAAGGAAAUAGGGAUGCUGAAGGAUGUAACUGUGUUUGAUGUGAGCUAUAAUCGGAUUGUCGGUGAGUUGCCAGAGGCAGUGGGUGAAAUGGUGAGCUUGGAGAAGCUCAAUGUGGCUCAUAACAUGCUAAGAGGGAACAUACCUGAGAGCGUUUGUGAGCUUCAGAACCUGAGGAACUUUAGCUUUGAGCACAACUUCUUCACUAGUGAGCCACCAAUGUGUUUGAAAUUGGAGAAGUUUGAUGACAGCAAGAAUUGCUUGCGGCGUAGGCCAAAGCAGAGAACCAUGUUGCAUUGUAAAUUGGCCUUGUCUAAGGGUGUUCGUUGUAGUUCUUUUGGAUGCCGUCCUUCUGUUCCUCCCUCCCCAUCACCACCACCUCCACCACCACCAUCUCCAUCACCACCACCUCCAUCACCAUCACCACCACCUCCAUCGCCAUCACCUCCACCUCCUCCUCCUCCACCACCUCCACCUCCUCCUUUUCUAGUUCCUUCUUUUUUGGAAUUUUUGUACUUUUCUGGCAAGCCUCAGAAGUUGCAACCCUCUAAUUCUCAUCCAUCGCCGCCUCCACCACCCAUUUAUUCUCCACCACCCGCUUCACCUUCUCCACCUCCAUCUCCGCCACCAUGUAUGAGACCUUCUCCACCUCCACCUUCACCGCCAGCUCCAGUGUAUGAUGGCCCGUUGCCACCAACUAUCGGUGUCUCCUAUGCCUCACCACCACCACCACUGUUUUAUUAG